GCGCCGCUGUCUGCCUGGUUUGGAUGAAACAGAGGAGCUGUUGUUAGAAGACAGUAUACAUGUUCGCUUCAUUCCUCCUGCAACUUCAAAAGACAUGUUUAAUCUGUCUACUAAAGAAAAAUACCAAUAUAAUGAACCGAUGAGGUCGAAAUCGUGCGAAUGAAAUCGACUUCGGGGAACAUAAGUUAUUUCUCUUCGUAAAAGCCACCAAUACAAACGUUUGCGCAACAGUCAAGAUAGUUAUUUUGUCCAUUAGAAAAUGCGUAGGAUACAUGCGUCUUGAGCGAAAUGUUUGGAUUUGGAUUUCCUUUUAUUACCUGGAUGCAACAGAAAGUAGUUCGUGAUCACAUGCGGAACGGUGAAUAGAAGGAAUGGUAAACAGGAAUGCAUUUUAGAAAGUGGAGGUCAGCGCGGCGAGAUUGGAUUAUUUUCCCAGCAAUGUUUCUGGUUCCAAUUGUAUGUUUUUUAUCCGAGACUUUUGCUGCGCCCUCGCUUACGGCCGAGCAGAUGAACAUGGGGGUGGAUUGGCUGACCAAGUUUGGGUACCUCCCACCCCCAGACCCGGUGACAGGACAGCUGCAGACCAAGGAGGCUCUGACCAAAGCCAUCAAAGCCAUGCAGAAGUAUGGGGGAUUGGAGGAGACAGGAGUGCUAGAUGAAGAGACCCUGGUGCUGAUGAAGACUCCUCGCUGCUCUCUGCCAGACCUCUCAGAGCCAGAACCUCAUUCAGGCCGGCGGAGACGCUCAGUGCCCUCCCAGACCAAGUGGAGCAAAAGACACCUGUCCUGGAGGAUCCGGACCUUCCCAAAAGAGUCUCACCAGCUUGGCCGGGACACGGUGCGGGCCCUGAUGUACUACGCCCUGAAGGUUUGGAGUGAUGUUUCACCCCUAAACUUCCACGAGGUGGCAGGCAGUGAGGCAGACAUCCAGGUCGAAUUCACCAAGGCUGACCACAACGACGGGUACCCCUUUGACGGGCCUGGGGGCACCGUGGCACAUGCCUUCUACCCAGCAGACCGCUUCACUGCAGGGGACACACACUUUGAUGAUGAUGAGGACUGGACCUUCAGAUCUCCAGAUGCCCAUGGGAUGGAUCUGUUUGCGGUGGCUGUGCACGAGUUUGGCCACGCCAUCGGCCUGGCACACACCUCCGCCAUCGAGUCCAUCAUGCGGCCGUACUACCAGGGCCCGGUGGGAGAUCCACUAAAGUACAGCCUCCCCUACGAGGACAAGGUCCGUGUCUGGCAGCUCUAUGGGGUUCGGGAUUCUGUGUCCCACACAGAACGCCCUGAUGCCUCCCAGAGUGCAGAACCCCCUGUCCUACUGGAUCUCCCUGAAAACAGGUCCACUGUCCCGCUAGACCCUGAUGCCCCAGACAGAUGUGGCACUCACUUUGAUGCUGUGGCCCAGAUUCGUGGAGAAGCCUUCUUUUUCAAAGGGAAGUACUUCUGGCGUCUGACUCGAGAGAAGCACCUGGUGUCUCUGCGUCCGGCCCAGAUCCAUCGGUUCUGGAGGGGCCUGCCGGCCAACCUGGACAGCGUGGACGCUGUGUACGAGCGGCCCGGGGACCACAAGAUCGUCUUCUUCAAAGGACAGAAGUACUGGGUGUUUAAAGACAACAACGUGGAGGAGGGCUACCCCCGACUUAUCAGCGAUUUUGGCCUGCCAACGGAGGGUGUGGACGGUGCCUUUGUAUGGCUGCACAAUGAAAAGACCUACUUCUUCAAGGGCAGCCAGUACUGGCGCUAUGACGACCACCUGCGGCGCAUGGAUAUGGGCUACCCCAAGGACAGCAUGUUGUGGAAGGGAGUCCCUCCACAGCUGGAUGACGCCAUGAGGUGGUCUGAUGGUGCCUCCUACUUCUUCAAGGGUAAGGAGUACUGGCGGGUGGUGGGGAGUGACAUGGAGGUGGAGGCGGGGUACCCGCAGCCCGUUGGGAAGGACUGGCUGCUGUGCACUGAUAUGCAGUCUGACUCUCCGGCCCUGGAGGCCAACGGCACAGAGACUCGCUCUCACGGCCAGCGGCACGCCAGCCACGCAGAGAACAACUACGAGGUGUGCUCCUGCACCUCCGACUCAGCCAUGGCCCUCUCUGCCCGCCUCACCCUCUCGCACCUCGGGCUGCUGGCCUUCCCCCACGGACUGCUGACCCCGCUGGUGACACUCGCUGUGGUCCUUUGUACGCCUCCAUGAGGAGGGACACAAACGUGUAGACUUGCGCCAACAGUCACAAAGAAAAUUCAAACCGUCAAUCCAAACACACAGGAACUGCCUGGGUCUUUUUUUUCUUUUGUUCAGUUGUUAUACAGUUCAGCAAUUUGACUCUAACCAUUUGUUUCUAAACUUGAAUAAAAGUCUGUUUUUUACAGCCAUGUUAAGGUAUUAUGCCACUAUGAACUAUUUUCAUUAAUAUUAUUAAUGUUAAUAUUAUUAAUAGUACUGGUAGUGUUAAAGGUUAAUAAAAUGCGCUAUUCUUUUUUAAAUGACCAUUCCAAGUGCUUUACAAGUCAGGGAUGUUUGCACAGACACAUAUUGCCGUUUUUGUGACCGGCGUCCGCAUAGAUCCUGAGGGGUCGAUCCGCAAAAAGAUUGCAUGUCAGCUGGUCGCAAAAAAGCCUGCAGAAGUUUCACAGGGUUCCUUAACCAGUUGUAGUGGCUCCAGUCUGUAACGGGACAGCUGUUUUAAGGGUUUUAUAAUACCAUGUGCGUAUCUGCUGUGGACACAUUUGUAAUUACACACAUGCAUAUGGUUUCCAGGGAUAUGCAUAAUAAAAAAGAUUUCGCUUUAAUAUGAGGUUCAUUAACUAUUCCAUCCGAGACACCAACAACCUGUGCUAAUUACGGGUAGUAAAUAACACACAGAAGAAAAAAAAUCAAUUGCAUUAAUUUUCCAAUGAGACUUUAAGGCAAUGUACUGUGAAUGUAAUCCAUAACCUGGUGGCUGGAUCUGCUCUGGGGAACAGCUAUCAGGAACAGUACAGUAAGCUGUUACAAGAGCAACUCCAUGUUCAUGUCAGCAGCAUGAGCAUGCAGAGAAUGGCUUCCAUUCGGUAAAUCCUCUCGUUUGCUGAACUGAAAUUUCAGUUUUAAUCACAUUCAUUGUUAAACAAUGCUGCUUUAUAUUCCCCUGAAAGCAACAUGACACAAAAGAGAAUGAAUGUGACCUAUGGUUUUCAUCACCCAGCCAUGAAUAACAACAUCCACAAUUUCCUUUAUUUCAAGCAAAAAAUGAUGGGCGACAGGUGCCUACAAACGAUCAAUGUCAAAAAACAAAACAUACCUUUUUUGAGACAAAAAUAGCCAUAGAGGUUUUGGAUAAAAUUGCUGCAGUGUUUCUGAAUAAGCAAUUGUUCAGUUGUUCAUGCAUUUUCAAAGUUUUUCAGCAUUUGUUGUAAAACAUCCAUCAAUGAGCUUAACCUGAACUCAUUCUACUUCUCUUUGCUGUUUCUCGUCUGUACAAUCAGUUAUUUUGGUAAAUUUGGUGUCAGAUGUUGCACUUCUGCAUUUUAUAGUUUCUAUUUCUUUUGUUCAGAAAAUACAGAAAUUAUAUUCAAUCACAGUCAGCAGCAACUUAGCAUUCAACAAAGACUUCAAUGAAAGCGAACUGAAUUUAAAUUUAGGCUACACAAAGAGAAUUGAUAUCUUUGUUUUUACACAUCUAUCACAUAAGCAUGUCCAGCAAACUGGAUUCAAAAAUAAAUAAAAAACAAGCAGUUUGUCAUUUGUAGAUUACAAGUGUCCCUGUAGAUUAUAAAGAGUUUCGAAAUUCAGAAGUAGAUUGGGAAGCCUGUAAAAUAUUUUUUAUGUAAUACAAUUAUUUUUGUUUUGGAAAGCAUAGCUUAGAUUUGAAGAUUAGAUGACAGCAGUCAUCCUAUGUACGGACUAACAAUAAAUGUUCACACACCUUGCUAUUCAUCAUAGGGCAGUUUUGAAUUUGGCAGUGCGCUUAGUGAAACCAAAUAGAAUACCAGGUACUGGAUGCUACAGUAUAUCAACAAUAGCUUUCCGUCUGUAUUGUGACAGCACUUUUUACGUGUUCAAACACUGACUCCCCCAUGGGGACUCUUACAAGGUCAAGUGAAUCUUAAUAUAUUCUUUAUUCUUUCUUUUUUCCCUUUCCCUGAUAUUACUCAUAGAAGUGGGGUUUGUCUUUGUCUUUUCUAUGUGUAGGUAACAACCAUUCAUUUCAAUGCAUAGCUAAACAUUACCUUCACAUGUCUCUGCCAUUUUCUUUCAUACAUUAAAACCUGUUAAAAUGAGAAAAGGUGCAUUAACUUGCAUAUAACUGCUUCGCCCCUGUGACAAAAAGCAUGACAAAUACACCUUAAAAAGUAACAGUUCUUCAAAUCAGUGAUGAUUAAUUACACACUUGUUCUCCUGAUUAUUAUUAUGGAUUUAUCAAAAUCUAUAGGCUGAAAAUAGAUUCACAGAUUAAUUUUAUAAUGAAAGCCUGGCUUAUAAAAUAAAUCCUAAAUACUGGAAAUUACAUCUCACACAGCAAAAGAGUAAGGAAAUCAUUCACAUUAAAGAUCACAUUUUAAAUUAAUAGAAAAUACUCCCUACUCCCUACAAAUAGAAAAUGAGCCUGCAAUAGGUGCAUUGUGUGCAGGUAUCACAAACAGGCCAAGGUCCAACUAUGGAGAGGCUGCUGUCAGAGUAGCAAUGCAUGAAUUUACAUCAAUUCAGGUGAUGGGAAUUGAUGCCAUAGAAAUUAUCCAUAAAACACGAAUAUUCGUUUUUCCGUCAUCCAGUAAAGCUAAAUCAUUGUCUUAAGUAUCUCUUUUUUCCUGAUAAAUAUUUUGAUAAAUCUCAGUAAUUACAGCUGCCAUGGUCAAAGGCAUGACUACACACUGUAUUGGAUUUUAUAUAGGUCACCAGCUCUGUGCUAAAUUAAAGAGUCGUUUUUGAGUCCUUCUUUCCCCACUUAUAGUGCAGUGUAAUCAGCAGCCAGAGACUUUAUAGUCAUUAGAUUUAGUCAGAGCACUUAAUGAACCUCAGUCACGUAUGCCCUCCUUUUCCUUGCACAAAUGUAUGUAUGUAUUUAUAUAGACAAUUGCUUGUGCUGUGUAUAUACACAGCAGUGAUUCUAUACAUGGUGUAUAUACAGGGUGUAUUAAAGAAGGAAUGUAUGAUUUUGUCAAAUACGAAAUAUUUGUUAUUAACUGUGUCAUGUAUGUUGCUCUGAAGAAAUAUACUCAUAUAUUCAAGAGAAAAGCCAAGUCUUUUCUACCCUCAGAUAUUUUGUAUACAAUGUCAAGGGUGCAGUGGUUUUUUGUCAUGUGGAACUACAAUGUGUUUUUGGGAGGCAUAAGGACAAUGGAUGUACGUUUUAUUCUUUGUUUCACGUUUGUACCAAACUCAUAUGAAUGUAAUGGGAAAUAAGAAAAGUUUUUCUUCUUAAGCAAAUGUUGCAAGAUCUUAGGAUUCCUGUCUUACCUUUUGUGCUUUGGUUUUGUUUCCCUUUGAUGUAUCUAUGUUGCACAAAUUAUAUAUCUUUCUUAGUAAUGAAAA